UUGGGAUUGCCAAUUAAAACCGAAGGCAACUUAAAUUUUCAAUCCGCUUGGCUCGGCGGCUUCGCAUGAGAGAGAGAGAGUCACAGAGACUCAUUUUCAUUCUUGUUAAUCAAAUCACUACUGACACUGUAUUGGAACCCUUCACUCAGUCAUUCAAAAUUCCACAAAGUGAAACACACACAUAAUAUUGAACAAAUGGAGCAGAGGAGAGAGAAGCAGAGAAUUGAGAGAACAGAGAGAGCAGCAAGGAGAGAUCAGACGCAGAGAAAAUGCCUCUCAUCUGCUCGACAAAAUGCCCUCACUACCAACACUGACACUGACAUUAUUAGCACCCUACCGGACACUCUCCUCUCCCACAUCCUCUCUUUUCUCCCAAUCAAAGACUCCGUCGCAACAAGCAUUUUGUCGAACAGGUGGAGGUCUCUCUGGACUCUCGUCCCUAUUCUUUGCUUGGACCAGAGAGAACUUACAAAUAAGGAGGAAGGGGAUCAAAAGUUGAGGUUUGUGGAUAUAGUGUUCAGAAUCUGGACUCUUCGAAACGCCAUUUCCAAUCCCACGCCCCUACGCAAAUUGUGCAUUUGUUGGCAUCACAAUUGUCUUCCCUUCUAUGUCGACGCAUGGCUCCGUGCCACCAAUCUGCGUGAUUUGCAACAGCUCUUUCUCUCAAUAUUGACUUCUUUUAAGACACCUUUCGAGUUGCCCCGUAGUCUCUACUUUUCUACAAAACUAGUGGUUCUGAAAUUUGCAGGCGAUAUUAAUCUAAAUCCUCCUCCUGCUUGUGCGUUCCCAUGUCUCAGGAUUCUAGGACUUAGAGGUGUUGUAUUUGCAAACCAAGACUCUCUCUCUACCUUCCUCACUGCCUGCCCGGUCCUCCACUAUUUGUCCCUCACAUUGUUUGGUAUAAAUUUGGAACAUUUGGAUGGGUUCAGUGUCACUGUACUCGUGCCUACGCUGAAAAUAUUAUAUUUAGAUUGGCAAGUUAGGUCUCCUUCGUACAAAUUCCAUAUAAACACCCCGGCUCUCGAGUACUUUUGUUUCACAGGUUUUUUGAACGGGGAUUAUGUGUUGGAAAACCUCCACAAUGUGGUCGAAUGUGUACUUCAAUUUGAGCAACGCACUUCGUUGAGUAUUGAAGAUUACGCGAAGAAAUCAUGGGACUUCAUGAGACCACUCUGUAAUGUUAUUUCCAUGGAAUUGAGCACAAUUACUGCACAGAUCCUCUGCUAUGAUUCUAAUCAUGAAGAUGGUCCCACAUUUUAUAAUUUGUCCUCCUUGAAAUUUUUUGGUGGCAUUUCGUCUGAGUGGUAUGCGUGGGAUGGAGUGCGACUCAUGCUUUAUCGGGCUCCAAAGCUACAAACACUUUCGUUUGAAAAGGCACACUUGCUUGGUUCAAAUCUUGGACCUAAACGCUUGGAGGAGCCACUGGAUGUUCCUGAAUGUCUGUCAUCACACCUUACUACCUGUCAUUAUAAAGGAUUCGAUGGGAAAGAGGAAGAGAUGGAACUUGUUAGACAAAUCCUGAAGGCAGCGAAAGUAUUAAAGUCAAUGAAAAUCACUGUUAACGGUUAUCUAGACUCAAAGAAGCUUCGUGUUUGCAAGGAAUUGAGGAAGUUUCAAAGGAGCUCUCAGGAUUGUGAAAUUGCAUUUGACGAAGGACGUUUCGCAUGAUGUGGCAUUUUAUCUCGCCCCUCUUUGAUAUUGCAUGUCACCUACUUUGCUUUAAUAUCUUUGUGUAAUUCAUUUGCUGCCUUUGCUAUGUUGGAGUUUAUUCCUAUGGUACAGUACAAAAUGCUUGAAGAUUUAAUUUGUAUUUGCCAUCUCCUUCAGUUAUGCCAGUUAAGCAUGUUUUCAAUUCAGGAUUUUCCCCCAUGGUAUAGCAUAUACUUACUGAUUUCUUGUU